ACCUUUGCAGAUUCACCUACCACACUGUGGACCUGGACCAAUUGCUGGACAUGUCCUAUGAGCUGCUGAUAUAGUUGUAUAGCACCAGAAGUGCCUGCCAAUGGCAACAGAAGCAGCAUUCACUACUCAAGUGCCUGAGAAAGAUCAAGUGACCUACUUCUGCCUGGGUAUUGGCAAAUUUCUUUCUUUAUCCUUGAAGUUCAGUAACUUCAUCAGAAUGUACUGGUCUUGGUGUGAUUCUCUGUUACAUUUUCCUGUUAAUGAACUCAACAAAAACCCAGUGGAAGGCUUUUCAGCAGGGUUAAUAGAUGAUAAUGAUCUCUAUCGAUGGGAAGUCCUUAUUAUUGGCCCUCCUGAUACACUUUAUGAAGGUGGUGUUUUUAAGGCUCAUCUCACUUUCCCAAAAGAUUAUCCCCUCCGGCCUCCUAAAAUGAAAUUCAUUACAGAGAUUUGGCACCCAAAUGUUGAUAAAAAUGGUGAUGUUUGCAUUUCUAUUCUUCAUGAACCUGGGGAGGAUAAAUAUGGUUAUGAGAAGCCAGAGGAGCGCUGGUUGCCUAUCCAUACUGUGGAAACCAUCAUGAUUAGUGUCAUUUCUAUGCUGGCGGAUCCUAAUGGAGACUCACCCGCGAAUGUAGAUGCUGCGAAAGAAUGGAGGGAAGACAGAAAUGGAGAAUUUAAAAGGAAAGUUGCCCGCUGUGUAAGAAAAAGCCAAGAAACUGCUUUUGAGUGAUAUUUAUUCAAUAGCUAGUAACUUCACUUAUUUCAGGGUCUCCAAUUGAGAAACACAGCACUGUUUUUCCUGCACUCUACCCACGUAUUGCUGGACUUCUGUUGUAACAAGUUGGCAAACUCUGGCUGGAACUGGGCUGCAAUAAAACAUGCCAGUCAUUAAUGCUGACAAGAGCCUAACAAGUGCCAACUUACAGAUGAUUACGCAUUUUGAAUUCUAAUGAACUGUUUUAACCUUCAGGAAGAAUUGUAAAGACCUGUACAUAGCACAACAUGAUCCGGAUAAUAUAUAUACUAUUCAUGUACAUCCACAAACACACCUUGUACCAAAUAAUGCUUUCUUGUAGUAGAAUAAGAAUCGUGUAAAUUCUAAAAGACUUUAGCAGGUUUUCUUUACCCAUUCAUUGUUUCUUAUCAGUUCGAAAAGAUUCCUUAAAGCAUGUCAGGUGAAAACCAAUAAGGAUUAAAAGUUUCCAUAUAAUUUCCUUUAAACCAUUGAGUCUUCAUUAUACUUUUUCCAUUUACUAAUCUUUUGUAUUUUCUUUGUUUUGACAUACUCCCCUUUUCUUUUAUCUCCUCUGCCAGAAAGUUCUCAAAUCAUUUAGUUAAAAUACUGAAAUACUAGUAAAUUACUUGAUUUUUUCAUGAUGACUUCAGAGUUGGGGUCAUCACUAGGUGCUUUGUCCUUUUUGUACUCUGAUUCACCUGUCUUUUGGAUUGGAUGUAGCAAUAACAUUUUCUGGCUGUUGAGAGCUCUUGAUCCUAGUCAUUAUCUCCUGAGAACUUUAAAAGGAAAAAAGGAAAAAAAAAAAAAAUGUAAAGUCUGUUCUAAGUUCAACUUAGUGAAAUUUAUUCCCAACAAUACAAAAAUCCAGAUUUGGUUUUCCCUUAUGUUGCCCAAUAUUAAGGUUGGAUUAAUACAGCAUGCGCAGCUACAGGCUUUCUACAUCUGGGACUGCUAUUAAACAUGCUAGGUGUCCUCUUACCUUCUCCUUACUCUGUCAUAUUUCUUUGUUUCUUCAUUACUGCAGAUUUUCCUCACCUAUUGUACAAAGAAAUUGCGAUGUAUAUUUUCAUGUAAUUUGAUUUUGGAAUUUUGUCACCUUAUGUAGUGAGUUCUUCCAAAAUAUAAUUUUUUUCCAAUAAUUGUCAAGUUGUUGGCUUUUAUUGUAUUAAAUGAAGGUUGUAGUACUGAGUACCAGAGAAGUGAAGUUUAGAAAAUUCUCAGGUUGAUUUCUUAUGCAAACAACUUUAAUACUUGAAAAUCUUUUGGCCAUGGCAGUAUACAGACUGGGUUCUGUUAAGGUUCUUUAUCUGAAUCUGAAAGCAUUACAGGGGUGAGUCCUUUGUUAACUGACAUACAGAUUUUGUCACUGACAUAGAUUUGAAUUUUGUUUGAUCAUAAGUAUGUUUUCUUAACAGCUUUCUAAAACAACUUUGGUGAUGGGUAAUGUUAGUACAUUCAGUAUUAAAGACAGCCUCCGUUCCUUUUCUGGUUUUAGCUGAGAAUGGGAAGUAGUGUUUAGCAUAUAAGAGCUAGAGUGAAAGACAGUGCCUGUUACUUGAUGGUGUUUGAUUGUGAGAAUAGGUGUGGCUCUGCCCAUGGGGUUUGGAUAAGUCUUUUGGCAGAGGAGGGAAUGAAAGGAUGCCUGUCAAAGUCAGACCUUUCAACCUCUGAGGUCUUUUUAGAGCAGAGAGGAAAUCAAUGGAGCUGGAGUUAUAACAGUGACAUUUUUAAACGACGGUUUUCUCUGAAGCACUGUGAAAUCCUGUUAACAUCGAAACCCACAGACGUGGAGAAGCUGUGAACACCUUGUUUUGAUUUUGUUGGAGCCUCAUUCUCUUCAAGAAACAGACACGUGCCCCGACGGAAGCCUAGAAGUGUUACUCUGCAGCUACUGUCAUCCCACAAGGGAUUGGCCCCACAGUGGUGGCUUUGGCAAAUGUGCAGUUAGACUUUUGGUCUCCUGCUGCUGUAACUGUAACAGUCUGUUGAAAUAAAAUCCAGGGUUUGACUGCUCAGCAAGUGGUGAAUGACCUAGCAACUCAGGGACAGCUAUUUCUGAACUUACAAGUAUGUAAUGUAUUUACUUUAGGAUAACUGGUUCUUUGGGCUAGAUAAGGACUACUGGAAAGCUAAGAGUGAUUGCCUUUCUCCAGAAGCUCUUUCCCUGACCAUGCUCUACACAUGAAACAGAAGCCUGUUAGGACUUAAUUAUGUCAGAGGUGUCAGCUGUGCCUUUCCUACUGUUCAUCUGAUAAUGUGGAUUUAAAUGCCUCUACAUUUGAUUUAAAACUCACACUCAGGUGACACUAAACCAAGUGGCUUUUGUCCCACUAAUGUUUCAUCAUUAGUGUGAGGCUAUUUUAGAAAAUGUCCCAUCACUACCCCAAACCCCUGCCACCUAUGCCAACCACCAGCUGCACCCACAGAACCCUUUUAGACAUAGAACUGUUGGCUGUUACUUAAUUUGUUCCUGGUUCUUGUAGAGGCUUUCACAUUUUAGUCUGUUUUUGUAAUGGGGUGAUAUUGGUGGCUUUAUGGCCUCUUGAGUUUAAAUCCAUAUGAGGUUGAUUUUCUUGUCAUUAGAAGGUAAUGCUCAAACAUUUGGUUUUCCUAUUCUGUGAUCACCUGGGUGUCAUAGUAUAAUUUAAUAGCCUUUGUUCCCAGUUGUGAAAUUUUAUUUAUAUGCUCAUUCACUUUCUACGAAACUACUUACUUUGGGUCUUGGUGCCUGUGUUUCUUUGUCUGGUCUGUAGUUGGUGAAUUACCCUUUUUUGUACUGCUGCUUCUCAACAUUUUUGAAGUUUGACAUACUGUUGCUUCAUUCCAGUUUUUCUUUUUAGUUCUGUAAUUUGUUGACUGUAUUUAUGUGAGUUUUGUUGUGAUGUUUACUGUAUUGUAAAGCACCUUAAUCAUGUGAUGGGUGCUCUAUAAAUCAAUAAAUGAUGACUUAGAGGCUGUA